GUGUCAUUGCCUGAGUGCCUGAGUGCUGUGUCUUGUUGUUGUUGUUUUGAGUGAUUGUAAGUUAGUGUUGUGGGUGUUACUUUAGUGUGUCUUUUUGUUUUGUUUUUUGUUUAGGUUUGUGUGGAUGUUGUUUGUGUGUUUGUUUAGGCUUGUUACUGGUGCUGUGUUUUUCUUUUUCUUUUUAUUUAUUUGUUUAGCUUUAUGUCGAUGAUAUUUUUUUUUCUCUAUAAUAUUUUGCUUUUUGUUUAUUUUUACACUUACUCAUUAAUUUACCUGUUUAUUUACUUUUAUGUGGGUUCCGUACUGUACAUUUAUUAUUUUCUUUUUAGUUUUAAUUCUCUACUUUAAAUUUUCACCCUUGGAUGUAAAAAUACUACUGUGCCAUGCUGCUGUUGUGAUUAAUUGACAAUAUUUAUUUUUCAUUCCAUUUAUUUGCUUUAAUAUCUCAUAAUUAUUCAUUUCCUCCAUAUAUUCUACUUGCCAUUUAUUUCUGACUUUUUAUCCCAUUUAUUGUUGUGUGGGAUGUGGUUGUAACAUUGUCAAUUGGGGAUACAUGAACUAACCAAUCUCUUUGUCACUUUUUUGAGGUAAACAGUGUGUAUGUAUGUCUUGACUAACCAAUAAUAGCAAUAGUUAGCUUACAUUAUCACCACCACCACCACCACCACCACCACCACCACCACCACCACCAUCAUCAUCAUCAUCAUCAUCAUGCUAUAGUAUUCACCCUUAUCACCACCAUUACCAUCAUCAUCAUUAUGGCCUUACUCUGAAACACUACUGCACUUCACCUCACUCCUUUCAAAAGACUCUAGUUGAAGGUGGAUUUUCUAGUUGAAGUCGGUGUUUUAAGAGUGUUUUUUUAUGGUUCUAGGAACAGAUUAAUAGGUUUUCUACAUGAUCAACAGGAGAAGCACUCUUGACAACCUAGCUAAGCAUAUUCUGGCCUUGGAAAAGUCAUGGUGAGGGAGCAAAGUGUUUGUAUCGGUGUUUUCAAGAUUCAUGGGACAGUUUAACAGGCUCUUUACAUUAUUAACAGGAUGAAUACUCUUGGCAAAUCUCGCUAAACAUAUGUGGCUUUGGUAAACAGUCAUGAUGAGAGAGCAAAGCGUUUGUAUGGGUGUUUUCAAGAUUCAUGGGACAGAUUAACAGUUUUUCAUUAGCAACAUGAGAAACAUUCUUGAGAACCUAACUAGUGAUAUUUGUGGCCUUGCUAAACAGUCAUGAUGAGAAACCAAAGCAUUUAUUUGGGUGUUUUCAAGAUUCAAGGGACAGUUUAACAGCUUUUUUUCAUUAGCAACAUGAGAAACAGUCUUAAGAACCUAGCUAGUGAUAUUUGUGGCCUUGGUAAAUCAGUCUUUGUAUGAGAGAGAGAGAGAGCUGAGUUUCUGAAUGGGGCCUUUAUUACCUCUGUCAAGAGGGAAGGGUGGGGUGAAAGCAUCUGCCACUGCCUGUUGUGUUAUGUCUGCCAUGAUUAUAGUGCCAUGUUAGUGCCUGUGAAGGUUUGGUAAUGGCAGAGUGACAGAGACAAGGGUUCUUUAUGUUCCUUUGUCCUUGCUCUGCAAAGAAAAAAAAUUGAUUAAUAUUCUCAUUUAGGAAAGAGAGAAGUAGUAAGGAAGAGUUUAUGAAAUGUGUGUAUUUGAAAUAUGUGUAAAUGGAAAUAUUCGUUUGUGAAAUGUGUAUUUGAGAGUAUGUGAGUAAGUAUAUUUGAAAUCUUUACAGAGAGAGAGAGAGAGAGAGAGAGAUGAAUGAAGACAAUUUAUAUAAAAAAAGAAUGAUAAAAUAAGUCUGAAAAAAAUGUAUGUAAGGGAAGGCCAUAAUAAACACUGUAAACUUGA